CAUGUCUGAUUUCCAUUCAGAGCGCUCAGCCCAGAUUGCUUUGACGUACAGACUGUACUACAGUACUUGGCCAACACAGCAGCUAAUUUUACACAGCCACGAAACUGAAUAAAAUUCUGAAUGAAAAUGAGCUACACUGCCGAGGAAAGAGGAAACCCCAACACCCUGAGUUACAGGGUGUUUUUCAAAAACUCUGAAGGAGUGUACAUUUCUCCAUUUCAUGAUAUACCAAUGUAUGCAGACGAGGCACAGAAUAUCUUCAACAUGGUUGUUGAGGUACCAAGAUGGACAAACGCCAAAAUGGAGAUUGCCACCAAGGAUGAGCUAAACCCGAUAAAACAAGAUGUUAAGAAAGGCAAACUGCGAUAUGUUGCUAAUGUGUUUCCUCACAAAGGCUAUAUCUGGAACUAUGGAGCAAUCCCACAGACGUGGGAAGACCCAGGACACAAAGAUACAGACACCGGUUGUUGUGGUGACAAUGAUCCAAUUGAUGUGUGUGAAAUCGGCAACAAGGUUUGCUCCAUAGGAGAGGUCAUUAAAGUUAAGGUUUUAGGUACUUUGGCUAUGAUUGAUGAAGGAGAAACUGAUUGGAAAGUCAUUGCAAUCAACGUUGAAGACCCAGAGGCAAAUGCUUUUAACAGUAUUGAUGAUGUUAGACGGCUGAAGCCAGGUUACCUGGAAGCUACAGUAGACUGGUUCCGAAGGUACAAGGUACCAGAUGGUAAACCGGAAAACCAGUUUGCAUUCAACGGAGAGUUUAAAGAUAAGGACUUUGCCAUCAGUAUUAUAAAGAGCACCAAUGAUUAUUGGAAGGCUCUUGUGUCUAAAAAGAGUGGAGGGGAACUCAACUGCACAAACACAUGUGUCUCUUACAGUCCUUUCUUGUGCACUAAAGAAGCUGCACAAGCAGUCGUUGAUGAGACAUCGCCGUGUGGAAUUGCAGAUCCGGUUCCAUCAGAUGUGGACAAGAUGUACUAUUAUGAGAAGAAAUAAAGCAAGAGCAUAAUUGCUAAAAGAAGGACCCACACUGAUCUACCUAGGAAGUAACUGUAAACUGUAACUAAAAUGUUAUUUUUUAAAACUGUUCUAAAGGAAGUGCUGCAGAACACAGCAUGUAUCCAUCCCUGUGAAAUCCAAAUAAGGGAAUAACAGGAUCAGUAAGACUAGUUAAUUUAUUUACUAUCAAAGCUUUAAAUUAAACAUAGUGUUGUAUCUUUAAGCAUAUUGACCACCAGUUAAACUUAAUCAAGUAAAACUCAGGUAUUAUCAUGUAAACAAAGUUGUACCGAGUUGGCUUUGUAUGAAAAACUUGCUUAAUAAAACAUUUUCUCUGUA